UUUCUAUUGUAGCACUGAAGAAGAGGUAAGAUCUCUUAGCCUAGACAAAGCUACGACUAAACCCUUUUCCCCCCUCGUUUGUCGUUGUGGCUCACUGCUUCGAUUAAGACGAAGUUCCAACAUUUAACGAGUUCGUAUUAUUUCUGAGCUUAAUUUUACGCUUACUUUUUUCAUGAGUAAACAUUCUAGAUAUUGUGUGUAAAAACUUGUUAGCUUUUGAUAGCGUUAGCAUGUCAGGAGUGAUUCGAGGACCCGCGGGGAGCAACGACUGUCGUAUUUACGUGGGGAACCUUCCCCCCGAUAUCCGCUCUAAAGACGUGGAGGACUUAUUUUACAAAUAUGGGGCUAUUCGUGAUAUUGAUCUGAAAAACCGCCGAGGAGGGCCACCGUUUGCCUUCGUGCAAUUCGAGGACCCGAGGGAUGCUGAGGAUGCUGUGUACGGGCGAGAUGGUUAUGACUAUGAUGGCUACCGCCUGCGUGUGGAGUUUCCAAGAAGUGGAAGGGGAGGUGGAGGUGGAGGAGGCGGUGGCGGCGGCGGCGGCGGUGGUGGUGGUGGUGGGAUGGGACCCCCAAGGGGAAGGUAUGGUCCCCCAUCUCGACGCUCAGAGAACAGGGUGGUUGUGUCAGGUCUUCCCCCCAGUGGGAGCUGGCAGGACCUGAAGGAUCACAUGCGAGAGGCAGGUGAUGUAUGUUAUGCUGAUGUUUACCGUGAUGGCACUGGAGUGGUGGAAUUUGUGCGCAAAGAAGAUAUGACGUACGCUGUGCGUAAAUUGGAUAACACCAAGUUUCGUUCUCACGAGGGAGAGACGACCUACAUUCGUGUGAAGGUGGAUGGUCCUCGCAGCCCGAGCUAUGGGCGCUCUCGCUCUCGUAGCCGCAGUCGAAGCCGGAGCAAGAGCCGUUCUCGCAGCUACUCCCCACGUCGCAGCAGAGCGUCUCCACGUUACUCUCCCCGCCGCUCCCAAUCCCGCUCUCGUUCUCGCACCUAGAUUUACCUAAACUGAAGCAAUGGUGUACCCUAAAGCCGGAGAGGAAAUGUUAACAUCACAUAACAAAAUGUGUAUUCACUAAGGAUUAUCUCGUGUGUUACAUGUGCCCCCUGUCAUGUUGUAUGCCUCCCCCCCUUUUUCAUUGUUGCAUUUUUAUUUUUGUUGUCAUUUUUGCAGACCUAAUGGUCUUUCCACAUGACUCAUGUGGGUUGCUGCUUUCUUCCCUUCCAUUCUUUCUCAUUAUCAUUGUGUUUCUAUUCCCAUCUUCUUUUCCUUGCUGUUAUUCUGGUUGUCAUUAUUUUUUUAUUUUGUUUCUUUUCCAAAGAUUUUUUUUUCAUUUUUAAGGAUAAACAAUUGUCCUUUUGACCUUCUCGUGUGUUUCUCUGUAGAGUUCAGAGGAACAGGCUAGGAUGGGAAGAAAGGAGACAGUACAUGUUAAGAUUAACAGGAGGAGGAGGAAUCAAAUAUGGCACCAAUGGUAUGACGGCUGUGCCUUGUCAAAUGUGAACUCUGCAUUAUAAUUUUUUUUAUAUAUAUACAUUCACUUUGCAAUAGCGUGCAGUUUUGAAUGUUGCAGUACUAUGCUGUAAACCUUGUAUUUGAAGACCUUGAGCUUUUUUUUUAAACAUCUUGUAGUAUUCAAAGUAACUUUGGGCUUGAUAAAGAUGCUGUCCCUGUUUUUUUUUUUUUUUUUUUUUUCUUUUUUUUUGUCUCUCAAAGUAAACUCCCUGGUAGCUGCAUUUAUUGACAAUUCUUGACAUAUUUUCUGAAGGUGUGAUUCUAACUCGCCUCCUUCUCUUUGGUUCUGCUGGUAUUCUAAAGGUUUGGACUGGGCUCAUUGUCACCCCUUUCCGGAUCCGGAUCAGGAUUCAGGAUCAGAUCAGGAUUAGGAUUAGGCUUCAGGAUGGAUACAUGGAGCACGACCACGGCCCUGUUCACAUAACUGCAGCAAACCGGAAACAUUGUAAUAGGAUAAUGAAACUGAAUUGGCUUAUCUAAAUUAUUUCUUCCAUGUUGUGGGACCUCAGAGACACACUUUCUGAUGCCACAGUGACAAGCUAUAAUUUUCAGUUUUUUUUAUUUUUUUAUUUGGGGGUGGGAAAGAAGAAAGCUUGGAUCAGAACCAGGAGGAGGGUGGGAAGUGCAGGAUGGAUCCCCACGUAAGGAGAGUGGUAAAUAGUGGGAAAAGUGAUGGAGGGGGGGAAGACAGAGGUUGGGGAAGCGACAAGGGAGUGUUACCUUAAUGUGGUUUGUAUCUUUUUCCUUAGGUCAAUCUUUCCAAAGGUGGAUAAUUUCUUAUUUUCUUGAAUAUAAUCUCCAAUAUUACAGAGGUUUAUUCUGUUUUAAUAAAAUAUCCAGUAAAAUCAAAA